UAGUCCUCUAGUUUGUUCUAGUUAACCCACUGCCUUAUCAGUUAGUUGUCUUUAUCAAACCAGUUAUAAUCUCAUGAAGAUUUUGCCAACAUACCAACAUUCUAAAAUGAGGACUGGCACAAUAAUUUUUGUGGUAUUUUCCAUCUAUUUUGCACUGGUCGAGUCAUGCACUACUGAUGCGGAAUGUCCUGAUGGCUGUUGUCAUACAGAUACCUUGCAUGGCGCUAAAUGUUACCAGUUUCAGAACAUUUCCCAAGCAUGCCAUCUUCCGAAUCACAAUCAUGCAGUAAUGCUAUACCCAUGCGGAUGUAGGCAAGGAUUGACAUGUGAUGAGAUACACUUUACACCUGGAUUAGGAGACCCCGUUCACCAAGCAGAACUACUACUUCUCGGACAUGGCUAUGGUAUUUGUACAGAUACUCCCGGACAUGUAUUCGGAUGAAUGACUUAUUAAAAAUAUCGCACGAAAUAUAAUAAGAAAUAAAA